GCCGGGGCCGCGGCCGCUCCGCGGGCGGGCGGAGGGACAGAGGGCCGAGGAAGUGGCCGCGGGAGGAAAGUCCGCUGCGCUGCUGCCCGCGCCGGCAGUGUGAGGGACGGGGCUGCUGCCCCUUCCUUCCCCGCCGCCCCGGACCAUGACGGCCCCCGGAACCCCUGGAGGAUAUGAUGUGCUGAUUGUGUAUGCAAGUGACGCCACUGAAUGGUGUCAGUACCUCGAGAAUCUCUUCCUCUCUACUCAGCACACUCGAAAGCAUCGGAUUCGGAGCUACCAGGUGGAAAGCGAGUCUGCGAUUUCCCGCCAGGAGCUGGAUCUCUUUGGCAGAAGUCGGAGCAUCGUUAUUUUGCUCUCUGCUGAACUGGUGCAGAAUUUUUAUCUUCCUCCUGUCCUGCAGAGCCUUCAGGAAGCUUUGUGGCCCCCCCACAAAGUAGUCAAACUGUUCUGCGGUGUUACGGACUGUGAUGACUAUUUGACCUUUUUCAAGGACUGGUCUCAGUGGCAAGAAGUCACAUAUGAUGAUGAGCCUGAUGCUUACCUUGCAGCUGUCAAGAAGGCUAUUUCAGAAGACUCGGGCUGUGACUCUGUGACUGACACAGAGGCAGAAGACGAGAAGAACCCAGAUUACUCCUCCAGACUUGCCAUGAAUGAAGAGUAUGGGUCAUCCAAGAGCAUGGGGGACUAUCCAGUGGUGCAACCUGACCACAUACGUUGUGGGGUGCAGACAACAGUUUAUAUUAUCAUGAAAUGUAAACUAGAUGGCAAAGUGAAAACUGAAGUUGAAUUCUCACCAGAAAAUGCAUCGUCUGUGCGUGUGCUGGCCAAGAUGGAGAACGAGUACACAUUCUCUGUGGAGGCUCCAAAUUUAACCUCUGGGACAGUACCUAUGCAGAUAUAUUCAGGGGACUUGAUGGUGGGAGAAACAAGCAUCGUCUAUCAUACUGAUAUGGAGGAAAUCAGCAGUCUGUUGGCUAAUGCAGCUAACCCAGUGCAGUUCAUGUGCCAGGCCUUUAAAAUUGUGCCGUACAGCAUAGAAGCACUGGACAAACUGCUGACUGAGUCACUGAAGAAGAAUAUUCCUGCCAGUGGCUUACACCUGUUUGGAAUCAACCAGCUGGAAGAAGAAGAUAUGACAACAAAUCAGAGGGAUGAAGAGCUGCCAACACUGCUUCACUUUUCUGCAAGAUAUGGGCUGAAGAACCUCACUGCCCUGCUGCUUACAUGCCCCGGAGCACUGCAGGCCUACAGUGUAGCCAACAAAUAUGGCCACUAUCCGAACACCAUAGCAGAAAAGCAUGGCUUUAAAGACCUCCGCCAGUUCAUUGAUGAAUACGUGGAAACUGCAGAUAUGCUGAAGAGUCACAUUAAGGAAGAGCUGAUGCAAGGCGAGGAGGAUGAGUCUGUUUAUGAGUCCAUGGCUCAUCUCUCCACUGACCUGUUGAUGAAAUGUUCCCUGAAUCCUGGCUCUGAUGAAGAGCUCUAUGAAUCCAUGGCUGGGUUUGUCCCUGGUGCCCCAGAAGACCUUUAUGUAGAGAUGCUUCAGUCCAAACCAGACACUCCAAUUGACAGAGAUGAAGUUUCUCUAACUACAAAAGACUCGAUGCUCCGCAAGUUUUUAGAAGGCAGUAGUGUGGACGUGCCAAAUCCAGAGGAAGGAGCGUACCAGCGAGGUGAGGGAGAUCUCUGCUAUACCGUGGAACAAAAUACCAUUCCACAGGAAAUGGCUAGCAGACCUCCAGUUCCUGUUCCAAGACCUGAAUCCAGCUCUCCACAGCCAGACAAUGAGCUGUACAUCUCCAAAAUUUUUGCACAGAAAGCUCCAAGACCUGAGAACCUCUAUGUCUCUAGAGGAAGGAUUAAGAAAGAGCCAGCAGUCAGGCCUGUGAGGGACCUGUCUCAAUCAAGCAUAUAUGAUCCGUUUGCUGGAAUGAAAACCCCAGGUCAACGGCAGCUGAUUACAUUGCAAGAACAAGUGAAGAUGGGAAUACUCAACGUUGAUGAAGCUGUACUUCAUUUUAAGGAGUGGCAACUGAACCAGAAAAAGAGAUCAGAAUCAUUCCGGUUCCAGCAGGAAAAUCUGAAACGGCUACGAGACAGCAUAACACGGAGGCAAAUGGAGAAGCAAAAAACAGGCAAAAAUGCAGAUUUGGAAAUAACUGUGCCCAUUCGGCAUUCUCAUAACACUCUGGGGAAACCAGAAUGUGGCAUAUAUGAAUACACCCCCAGGAAAAACGUUUUCCCACCAAAAAAGGAGAUAAAGCGAGGAGACUGGAAAACAGAAAGCACAUCAAGCACAACAAGUAGUGCAAGUAACCGCUCCAGCACUCGGAGCACAUUGAGUGUCAGCAGUGGGAUGGAAGGGGACAGUGAGGACAAUGAAGUCCCAGAAGCAGUUAGAAGCCACAGCCCUGGGGCCAGCCAAGCAGAGAGGCUGCCUCUCCCACUGCCUGAAAGGCCUCCUAGAGUGCCUCCCCGAGGUGCAAGCAGGCCUGUAAGCAGUGAAAGCUUUUAUCCUCCACCUGUGCCCCCAAGAGGUCGCUGAAUCUCUCAACAUCUGUGGAAUAUGAAAUUUUUCUGUUUGGAUGUGUCUGUACAGAUAUCUUUGGGUUGUUUUAAAUUAUUUAUAAGUGGGAGCCAAAUGUUUUCUUCCCCUUCCUCCACCAUAAAGCUCUGGUGACCUUUCCCAUGAUGUUUUGUUUAGACUUCUCUGCCUUCUAUAAGUUCUUUGUUUGGAAGAAUUUUGGUGCUUUGGGAUUUUAAGGAAAAGUAUCAAGGUUGGGAAGGAGAACACUGAUGUGUGUUUCGGCAGCCCUGCACCGACGUGGAGUUUCCCUUUGACCAAGAACAUACGUCUUUUUAGAAACUAAAUCUUGAUAAGCAUCGUCACCAAAAACCUCAAUACAACAUACAAGGGCUUUACAGGCAAACAUGCUUUAAAAAGAAAAGAAAAUCCUUCUAAAGACUUUGUUUGAAGAACACUCAUUACAGCAGGAUUAGGUAAAUGUACUGCUGUUUGGUGUAACAUUCUGGGUAUGGACACAUUGAACUUUCAGAGGGUGUAGAAUCUCCCUCCAGUAAUCAUUAAACCAUCGGAGGAUGGAGGAUGAGAAGUAGUCUUUAUUCAAGAAUGUUUUGUAUGCAGCCUUGAAAGCUUCUUUCCCCUUCCUUUUCCCUCUCUGAAGAGGACAGAUGUUAGCAAGGUGCUGUCUGUGCUGCAUUUGCAUGAAAAUUCCCAUAACAGCUGGUAAGGGACUUGCUAUGUCACAAAACAGCUGUACUGAAACCUUUUAGGGGGGUUGUUACUUGAAAUCACAUGACUGACCUCUUCAAUUAGGAGAAGGAAUGAGCAGCAAUGCUUUGACCUUCUGUCUCGCUUGUGUGUGUUCAUCGUAGCAGUGAUAUGAAGGUUUUUCACUUCAUGCUUUGGGAUAGCAUAGCCACUCUCCAAUUAUACAUGCACACAUCUCUCAAAUACCUACUGCAUUGGAGAUAAGCAUCCUGCCUGGGGCCUGGGCUUUGCCUUGCUUUCAAGCAAUGUGAAUCUGCAACAGCUGUGUCCAGCCUUUUUUCUGCCUGAGGGCUUGCAAGCUGAAGAAGAGCUUCCCAGUUGGGCUGUCUUUGUGCCACAUGUAGAGAGCACAUAAAGCAGAAAUUAAUUCUGAUUCUUCAUUUCAAGGGACUGGGAUGGUUGAAGUGUUUUGUUUUGCUUUGUUUUUUUUCUUUAGGCCUUGCAAUCUUCCAUGUAUAACCUGGCCCUUGGGGGACAAGUAUGAGGCCCUGGUUGUCCAUGAGUGACAUAGCUGGGAGUUUUGUAAGAUAACAUUAAGCAGCAUUACCAACUUGGUUUCCAAGCCAUUCUCCCUCUUCCAGCCCAGAGAGAGACAUGUGUUACAUGAUUCCUCAGGUUCAGAGAGAACAUAAAAGGUUCUCUCUCAUCACGUAAGCUCCCCCUGCUCUGUACCUGAGUGGGAGUUGAAGCUGUAGCCCCUCUCUCUUGCAGUGCAGCAAAGCUAAUGCAGGGAGCUGCAGGAGUGACAGAGGGCAACUGUGUCUCAGCCAGCACUGAAUGAAGGUGGAGGAGUCCCUGCUGCUCUCAUGGGGAUAGGUGUAAGCUAAAUGUCAUGUACACAUUAAACUUUUAGGGUCUGACCCGAAGUUCAUAUAGCCUGCCCUUUAGAUGCAGUGAUUUUGGCCUCAGGGAUGCAAGCUGCGUGCUGCAAGCCUUCUGCUGAAGAGCCUGCCUUUUUUUGUUUUUUUUAAGGACCUCCUAAAGUGCCUCCUCCACUGCCUCUGACACUACAGGCUCCCACUGACAGUUCACUCUUUGGUCACUGUAGCCAGGGGGGAGGGUGAGGUGGGAAUUGCCUUCAUGUGCCCUUCUUGGAUCAGAACAAAGUUCCCAGCACUGUUUGGUCAAUGGGAAGUGGGGAAAGAGGUCUUGGUGCUGAAAGGAGGAGGGAAAUGGUACCAUAGGUAAGCGAAGGAAAUGAUGUUAAAAGAAAUAAACUAAAAGCUGUACCUCAAGGGUUUGAUUGUCUUUAGCUGUAACAUGUGCUUUGUUUGGUACACGGCUCCCUGGUUUUACUCAAAGAUUCCCCAUCUCUUUAGUCCUGGCUGCAGCUCUGCUCCAGAGCUUGGAGCUGUAAAGUGAUAAGAAUUUAUCUGCUUCCACAUCUACCCAAGAUGUGGCUGGAGCCUCAGGCCAUUCCCUACUCAUUUUCUGUUUGUAACUUCCCCUGGAUUAGUUAGGGAUCUCACUGACCAGCAAUCACAACAAAACUAUCACUCUAUCAGGGAGAAAAUGAAAAGCACUAAAAUGGUUUCUCCAUUAAAUGUAGGUAAAUAACUGAGAUGCAGGCAUGGCUCUCAAGCUGCUUACAUCUCUGCUGGUCUGCAUCUUCUUAGCUGCCAAAACGUGUUCCAAAUCGGUUUGAUUUCAUCUAGUUGCUGUAAGCCUCUUACGGCUCAGUGGAUAGAGUCCUUGUAUCUGUAGACACCAACUGUGCUGCAUGAGCAUACAGUGUGUACUGCCUCGGCCUAAGAUGAGAAGUGCACUGAAAUUAAAGCUCAGAAGAGACCGGAGAGGAAAACUACAUGCAACCAAAUUGUUUGUUACUCAAGAAUGUGCAGGGGUGGGGAAUGAAAUGUUUCCAUCUAAGGUUAGAGCCCAAGCCCAAGAAGAGAGAAGACAGAUAAUAGAAUUACUGGUAAAAAAGUACCAGCCUUUACACCUGUAGGGGCCUUGACCAAUCGACCAAGCUCUGGUGGCAGCUAGCUGGCGCAGGAGAAGUGUUUGCUCUUCGUAUAGCGUGCGUCACAAACCCCUCUACAGCAGAUGGCUCUGGCUGGCCCUGUUGUUGACUGAGAGACUUAAGUACUGAAUAAACUGAAGAAGCCGAAGCCUCCUCUCUGUCUCCCAAGGGUAAGCUACUCGGUUUUGGACUGAGAUGCAAUGAUGAGAAAGAAACAUAUGGUGUUAUCAAAGCUGUCUAGUUUUUUAAUGUAAACAGGGUUCUUGAAUGGUUUAUGACAAGUAUUUCUCUCCAAAGGGACCUUGCUGCUUCUGAAAUCAGCAGGAGAUUGUGAAUGUCCUAUCUGGAAAAGGGUUCAUAUAAACUUAGUUUGCUAAAAUAUUUUGGGGGAAGAGAGAUCGAAUGCACAAGACCACAAAGGACAGUAGGUAUGGUGGUCAGCGGUAAACAGAGAAGUUUGUUUUAUACUCUUUCACACAAAGCAUGAAUGGCUUCUAACAUAAGGCAUGCAGAAAUCCUCAAAUUCAGCUGAUGUCUUUUAAUAUCCGUGUAUUUAUUUAUUUGGCUUGUGCAAUAUUUGAGAAGAUGGUGUAGCCUACAUUUUUGGGUAAAAUACUACAUUUGAAAACUUCUAAAGAUUGCUUUUGUAUUCAUUCUGUUUAAAAAUUGUCUGAUCUAUGGAUGCUUAAUACUGCGAGGUUUUUGGUUUUUCCUUUAACCUUGGACUUAUAACUUGAGACACUUUUAAAUAAACAUACAGGUUUGCAGACUCCAUCUUAGCCAGUACUGACAGAAAACAUUCAAUUUUUUCCCGUUUGGGUACAGUUUUGUCCCUUUCAUGAGCAUGUGCUGUCCUUACAAGUACAUAGCUUUCUGCACUUCAGACUUGUGUUCAUGCAUUUGCUGUGCUUAUAGAAGUAUUUUGGAAAACUAGACCGCUUUUUUUUGUUGUUUUGACCAUAUCUGUACAUUGCUCUGUGGCAUAGUUUUCUCUGUGUCAGGUUGCACUCAUGAUUUAAAAUGGUCUUACCGAUCAAUUAAAACAUAAAUUGUGCUUCAAUAAA